UUUUAGAAUACGUAAUUGAGACAAUCCAUCAUAGCAUGUGAAACGGGACAUUCAUGUCAUACCGAGCCUAAAAUGAACACACAAAAAUCAUAUAUAAACAAAAAAAAUUGAAACACAUUUUUGUUGUUGUUGAAAAAGAAAACAACAGAGCAAUAAAGAAAAUUGAUCUUGAUUAGUUUUUUUUUGCUUCUUCUCUUAACAGCCGAUUUAGGAAACAAUAUAUAUUUGUUCUACUCAGAACCGAUUUAGGGAACUAAUUAACUAUUUUAUAAAGAUUUGGCUAGAUUAGUUUUUUUAAUUGUUAUUUUUGUUAACAUCCGAUAGUCGAUAUAGGAAAGUAUUUUACUAAUCAAAAUCAAAGAUGAUCAAAACUAUUCCCGGUUAUGCUUUUUAAAUAAAGGCUUCCUCCUUCACAGCACUCGAGAAUCUUUAUUCUCUGAUACACUUUCUUACUUGUCAAGAAUGCGGCAGUCACACAAAAGCAAAAGCAGCGAGACUUGUCUGUAAUAUCCCAAAGACUGUAUUUUUUUCGUUGAAACGAGCCUCCCGGCGAUCUGGAGAGUGAGCUAGUGAUUCACGAUGGCCGGUAUUUCAAACCGACCUUCGUCUCUCUCCUCUUCCUCUACUUCUUGUAAAAGUCGCUCCUCUGUUACUCCCAGCUUCUCCACCUGCAUAUUCUCCGAUGUUGCGGGAGACAUCACCGUUGUUGUUGACGGAGAGUCUUUUCUACUUCACAAGUUUCCACUAGUAGCUCGGUGUGGGAAGAUGAGGAAAACGGUGAGAGAUCUCAAGGACUCUUCUUCGUCGUCUUUCGGUGUCUGCUCCACGAUCGAGCUCAGAGAUUUCCCAGGUGGAGCUCUGGCUUUCGAACUCGCCAUAAAAUUCUGCUACGGCAUCAACUUCGAGAUCACUGCGUCCAACGUGGUCGACCUCCGCUGCGCCGCGGGUUAUCUAGAGAUGACUGAGGAAUACAAGGAAGAGAAUCUGGUCGCUCGAACCGAGAACUACCUUGACCAGAUCGCUUUUCGCAGCCUCGGCAAAUCUGUCCAAGUACUCUGCUCAUGCGAGACGCAAGAAAUGGCUGAAACAUUCAAGAUUCCUGACCGGUGCGUGGAGGCCAUCGCCAUGAAUGUUUGCAGGGAGCAGUUAGUGUCGGGUUUAUCAGAGGAGCUCAAGGGCAGAGACUGUCUCGUGUGGUGGAUCCAAGAGCUCUCUGCUCUCGGGAUCGAUUACUACACCCGAGUUGUCUCCGCGAUGGCGAGAACAGGCGUGCGAUCAGAGAGUAUCGUCGCUUCUCUGAUGCAUUACGCACAGGAAUCAUUAAAAGGUGUUAUCAAUCGAAACUCACAGGAGCAGAGGGAAAUCAUUGAAGCCAUUGUUACCCUUUUGCCGAGUGACGAGAAAAGAUCUAACUCUUUAUCAGUUACUCCGCUCAGUUUCCUCUUUGGAAUGUUGAAAGUCGGAAUCACAAUAGAUAUAGACAUAUCUUGCAGGCUCGAGCUGGAACGCAGAAUCGGUCAGCAAUUAGAGACCGUGUCUCUCGAUGAUCUGCUUAUACCUUGUGUCCAAAACGAAGAUUCCAUGUACGAUGUGGACACUGUCCAUAGGUUACUUACAUGCUUUCUUGAGAGGAUUGACGAAGAAGAUGAGGACAGUGGCUACGAUUCAGAUUCCACGGGUCAACACGGUUCGUUGCUGAAAGUGGGACGGAUCAUGGAUGCGUAUCUGGCUGAGAUCGCACCGGAUCCAUACCUGAGUCUACACAAAUUCACAGCCAUUAUAGAGAGAUUACCCCAUUACGCACGGAUCUUAGACGAUGGGAUCUACAGAGCCAUUGAUAUGUAUCUCAAGGCUCAUCCGUUAUUGACAGAAGAAGAAUGCAAGAGUCUAUGCAAAUUCAUAGACUGCAACAAACUUUCACAAGAAGCAAGCAACCACGUGGCACAAAACGAUCGACUUCCUGUACGGAUGGUGGCUCGAGUGCUCUACUCGGAGCAGCUGCGACUGAAGAAAGCUCUGUCUGGAGAUUCAGAGGAAGGGUUGUUGGAUUUGUCGUCUGGAGUACAAAGCCGAGCGGUCUCGCCGAGAGACACGUACGCAUCGUUGAGGAGAGAGAACAGAGAGCUGAAGCUGGAGAUAGCGAGGAUGAGGGUGAGGGUGAGCGAGCUAGAGAAAGAGCAAAUGUUGAUGAAACAGGGGAUGAUGGAGAAGUCUGAUAAUAACGGUGGAACAUUCUUGACGUCACUGUCCAAAGGGAUCGGGAAAAUUGCUAUUUUCGGUGGAGAAAACCGGCGGAAGGUUAAACGGAAAUCGAGGUCGGUGUCGGAGAAAAACCGAGUAGAUGGUGACAACUGACAAGUCGUAAAUAAUGAUACGUCAACGUUUCGAGGUUGCUAUCCACACAGAGACAAGUCACAUGUAGAGAGGGUGGUAUAAUGGGCCGGAUUAAGUGUGAAGUAGGCCUAUAAUAGAACAAAUGAGGUAUCGUUUUCAGGCUAUAAAAGAACAAGGAAAACAUGGGGGUAUAAUCGUGGUCGGGUCCAAGCCUUCUUUAUUCUAUUUUGAUUUACUUCUCCACAAAAUGUGGUAAAAGAAUAUUAAAAUACCGUAUCAAAAGAUUUAAUUGUAUUUUUAAGAGAAAAAAAAGAGCAUUCACUAAUAAAUUUUGUUUUGGUUUGUUAAAUCGAAAGUGAUGGCCAAUGGUAAACCGUAAUACUCACUGUGCUUCUACUA